UAAACUGAGUUAUAUCUAAGUAGGUAUAUAAAAGUGAGGCAGCGGAGCGCCCGGCAGUUCCUCCACAGAAUCUGUCCGAGCCCGACGUAACUCCACUAUGCAGCGAAUAACCUUGUUUUUACUCUCGGCGAUGGUGGCUGUCGCUCUUGCAGGGGGCCAGUACUACGUGCCCCGCGCGUACUACACGAUCGACUCUACAGGGCACGCUUCGAUACCCGUGCCCCUACAACGCCUGCGUCGGUCUUUCUACCCCUACCCCGGACCUGGAUCUGAUGCCAACGCCAACGCUAAUGCUAACGCAUGGGGAGGUGGCAACGCUAACGCCAACGCGAACGCUAACGCCGGUGGUCGCGCCUUCCCCGGCGGCAGUUGGGGCGUCCCCGGAGCGUACGGUGCAGGGAAACCGAUGGGGCCCGGGAUGAGCCGUCGCAUGUUCGGCCCAGUGAUCGGCGCUCACUCGGUCUCGGCCAGCUCCUCGGUGGAUGUCGACGGGUACGGCAACGGCUCCUACGACGUGUCCUCUUCAGUUGAUAAUUAAACCAAAUCCAUACCACGAACCGAGAAUUAUGGUUGAGCUCUUAAAAGGAUUGUGAUAGUGUAACAAAAAUAGUAGGGGUCAGUCUAAGGGCAUAAUUCGUAUCGUGUUCUGUUUAACUAGGACAAUCCCCAAUAUUUUUGUUGCAGUGUUCUUCAGAGUGACGCCAAAUUAUACGGCAAAAGUGCCUGCAUCGCAUCAAAUCCGACUGUAUUUAUUCAAUCCUAAUAGGGCUGCAGUGCAGCUUCUGUUCCUUAAGUUUAUCAGGCCAUAAUAUUGUGGAUGAU